AUGCCAACCAACAAACCGAGAAAAUUGUCCAUUGAACGAAUUUACCAGAAGAAGACCCAACUGGAGCACAUCCUCAUCAGACCAGACACUUACAUUGGUUCUAUAGAGAAAACAACCCAGCCAAUGUGGAUUUAUGAUGAAUUGAGUGACUCCAUGGUCUUAAAGGACAUCACGUUUGUUCCUGGCCUGUACAAAAUAUUUGAUGAAAUUUUGGUGAAUGCCGCUGACAACAAGCAAAGAGACCCACAAGGGAUGACCACCAUCAAAGUUGAUAUUGACCCGGAGGAGAACAAGAUUCAGAUCUGGAACAAUGGAAAAGGUAUUCCCGUGGUUGAACAUGCAAAGGAAAAAGUUUUUGUACCAACACUCAUCUUUGGCCAUCUGCUCACAUCCAGCAAUUAUAAUGAUGAUGAGAAGAAAGUGACUGGGGGUAGGAAUGGUUAUGGAGCAAAACUCUGCAAUAUAUUCAGCAAAAAGUUUAUUGUAGAGACACAAUCCAAAGAAUUCAAUAAAACUUUCAAACAGAUGUGGACGGACAACAUGUCGAAGGCUGGUGAAGUGAAAAUUUCUCCAAUAAAAAGUGGCGAAGACUUCACUAGCGUCACCUUCUACCCCGACCUUGAAAAGUUCAGAAUGGAGAAACUCGACAGAGACAUUGUGGAUUUGUUCAAGAGGCGAGCGUACGACAUGGUCGGCAGCACUAGAGGAGUCAAAGUUUUUCUCAAUGGCAAGAAGUUACCGAUUAAAAAUUUCAAAGAUUAUGUUGACUUAUAUAUUAAAGAUAAAAUGGAUGAGAAUGAGCAGCCUAUGAAAGUUGUCUUUGAAUCAGUGAACAAUAGAUGGGAGGUGGCGGUUUGCUCCAGUGACAAAGGCUUCCAACAAGUUUCAUUUGUCAACAGCAUUGCUACUACCAAGGGGGGCAAACAUGUUGACUAUGUGACAGAUGCCAUUGUUUCUAAUCUGAUUGAGAUUGUUAAGAAGAAGGAGAAGAAAACUGGCAUCGCCAUAAAACCAUUCCAAGUAAAGAAUCAUUUGUGGGUGUUUGUGAAUUCACUGAUUGAGAAUCCGACGUUUGACUCGCAAACGAAAGAGAAUAUGACACUGCAGGCCAAAAGUUUUGGCUCCAAGUGUUCACUCUCUGAUAAGUUCUAUGGAGCCGUUAGCAUUCUUGGAAUAAUAGAAGUCAUCCAAACGUGGAUGCGAGCCAAGCAGCAAACCCAACUCAAUCAGAAAUCGGGAACAAAACGUUCAAAAUUGAAAGGAAUUCCAAAGUUAGAUGACGCCAAUGAUGCAGGCACAAAGAAUUCUAUUGACUGCACGCUGAUACUCACCGAAGGAGAUUCAGCCAAGACGUUGGCUGUUGCAGGGUUGGGAGUUGUGGGUAGGGACAGGUUCGGAGUUUUUCCUCUUAAGGGAAAAGUCCUCAAUGUCCGAGAUGCAGUGCACAAGCAGAUAAUGGAGAAUGCUGAGAUAAACAGCAUCAUAAAAAUCAUCGGACUGCAGUAUAAGCAGAAGUAUGAUUCAACUGAUUCACUACAAACACUCAGAUAUGGCAAGCUGAUGAUAAUGACGGAUCAGGAUCAGGACGGCAGCCACAUCAAAGGCCUCCUCAUCAACUUCAUCCACCACAACUGGCCACAGCUCCUGCAACACAAGUUCCUCGAAGAAUUCAUCACUCCUAUCGUCAAAGUGACAAAAAAUAAGCAGGAGAAGUCAUUUUACAGCUUGCCUGAGUUUGAAGAAUGGAAGGCUGCAACUGAGAACUGGCAUACAUGGAGAAUUAAAUAUUACAAAGGUGUUUUGGUACUUUCAACUGCAAGGAAAGCAAAGGAGUACUUCAGUGACAUGAAUCACCAUAGAAUACCUUCCAAAAAUGCCGGCCUCCAAGAUGAUUCUGCCAUCAUCCUGGCGUUCAGUAAGAAAAAGAUUGAAGAAAGGAAGGAGUGGCUGACCAACUGGAUGGAGGAGCGGAAGAGGAGAGCUCAGAUUGGACUGCAGGAGACCUACCUGUACGGCAAAGAUACCAGAUUCAUCUCAUAUAAUGAGUUUGUGAACAAGGAGCUUAUAUUGUACAGUAACAUGGAUAAUGAAAGAUCCAUCCCUUCAUUGGUUGAUGGCUUCAAACCGGGGCAGAGGAAGGUGAUCUUCACUUGUUUGAAGAGGAAUCUCGUGAAAGAGUUGAAGGUAGCUCAGCUGGCCGGCUCCGUGGCCGAAUUGUCAUCAUAUCAUCAUGGCGAGAAUUCAUUGAUGGCAACCAUAAUUGGCUUGGCUCAGAAUUUUGUGGGCAGCAACAAUUUAAAUCUCUUGCUUCCCAUUGGUCAGUUUGGCACCAGGCUUAAUGGAGGCAAGGAUUCUGCUAGUCCACGUUAUAUUUUUACUGCACUAAGCCCACUGGCACGCCACAUGUUCAACGUGCACGAUGACCCACUGCUCAAAUACUUGCAAGACGACACAACAAGGAUCGAACCAGAGUGGUACAUGCCCAUCAUUCCCAUGAUCCUUGUGAAUGGAGCAGAAGGCAUCGGGACUGGAUGGAGUACGAAGAUCCCAAAUUAUGACAUUCGAGAGAUUGUCAACAAUAUCAGGAUGAUGAUUGAUGGUCGUGAACCGUUGCCAAUGAUCCCAUCAUUUAAAAAUUUCCGAGGCACAAUUGAGCAGAUCGACAACACAAAGUGUGUAUCGAAUGGUGAGAUAUCCAUCUUGGACGACAACACCAUUGAAAUCACUGAGCUGCCUGUCAGGGUAUGGACACAAAGUUACAAGGAAUCUGUCCUGGAGCCCAUGCUGCAAGGCUCUGAAAAGAUUCCUGCUGUCAUCCAAGACUAUAAGGAGUAUCACACCGACCUGACGGUUCGAUUUGUCGUGAAGGUGUCGUCGGAAGUGAUGUACAAGGCUCAACAACAAGGCAUGCACAGAUUCUUCAAACUUCAAACAACGUUCUCAACAAACUCGAUGGUCCUGUUCGACGGUGCUGGCUGUAUCAGGAGGUUUGACACUGUGGAAUCUAUCAUGAAGGAGUUUUUUGAGUUGAGGUUGGAGUUCUACAGAAGAAGGAAGGAUUAUUUGGAAGGGAUGUUGGCUGCAGAGUCACUCAAGCUGGACAAUCAAGCCAGAUUCAUUGUGGAGAAGAUUGAUAAGAUCAUCUAUAUUGAGAAUGUGCCAAAGAAAGAUAUAAUAAAGCUGCUGAUCAGUCGAAAAUAUGAUUCCGAUCCUGUUAAGUCGUGGAAGAAAGUUCAAGCUAAACUUCAGGAUAACGAUGGUAGUGAUCAUGCUAAUGAUGACAGCAAGGGGCCAGACUUCAACUACAUUCUCACCAUGCAACUCUGGUGUCUAACCAAGGAACGCAAGGAGGAACUUUUGAAACAGAAGAACAAGAAGGCAGAUGAGUUAUAUGCAUUGAGGAAAAAAUCUCCCACAGACCUCUGGAGAGAUGAUCUUGAUGCUUUUAUUGCUGAGCUGGAUAAAGUGGAACAACAGGAAAAGGAAGAUGAACUUUCUGGGUUGAGCCAUCCAUCAGGGAAGGCAGCAAAGGGCAAGGUCGGUAAGAAGGGGUCAGGCAUGGAGACCCGGCCGUCACCAAGUGGAGUUCGUGUCGUUCCAUCUACUGAUGCACUCAGGAAUAAAUUGGAAGCUGCAAAGAAUGCUGGUGGAGGUAGAAAGAAAAAGGUAUGA